AUCUGAUCGCUUUUGCGUCUUCAUCACCUCGAAUAGCCCACCUUCUGCUCUCUCUUCAGCCACGUCUCCAUUCGAACACUCUGCUCACUAUCAUAAGAGCCUCGACGAUACCUACAACCGCCGCCGCUAUGGCCUCCCUCAGAGAGAUCCCCACCGAGGCCGACUUCGCAUCAACCAUCACCUCUCUCCCGCCCGCUACCGUCGCGGUGAUAUACUUCCACGCGCCCUGGGCUGCGCCCUGCAAGCAGAUGUCCACCGUCCUCUCCACCCUCGCCUCCACAUACCCCUCCUCCGCGCCCCUCGCUUUCCUCUCCCUUAAUGCCGAAGAGCUCCCCGAGAUCUCGGAGCAAUACGACGUCACCGCGGUCCCCUACAUCGUGCUACAAAAGGACGGCUCGGUUCUCGAGACCGUCUCCGGCUCCGACGCCGCAAAGGUACGGGCGGCAGUCGAGAAGUACGCUGGCGCCGGCAGCGCAGGAGAAGCCUCCAACCUCGGUCUCCCCCCGGCGCAAUCAGUCACAAAGCCUGCAGCACCCACAACCCAUCUCGAAACAGGCGCAACGAACGGCACAAACGGCACCAAGAACCUCGCAUCAUACGCGCCUUCCAACAAUGACCCCAAGACUGCGCCCGAGUACAGCUCUGGCGCAAAGGAGACAAAGGAGGAGCUGUUCGCGCGCCUAGCGGAGCUGGUCAAGGCGGCGCCCGUGAUGCUGUUCAUGAAGGGGACGCCGUCGGCGCCGCAGUGCGGGUUUAGUCGACAGACUAGCUCGCUGCUCAGGGAGAAGGGUGUGCGGUAUGGGUUCUUUAAUAUCCUGGCAGACGAUGAUGUCAGGCAGGGAUUGAAAGAGUAUGCAGAUUGGCCGACAUUUCCGCAGCUCUGGGUUGGUGGAGAGUUGGUUGGGGGGUUGGAUAUUGUCAAGGAGGAGUUCGAGAACGAUCCUGAUUUCCUCGCCGAGUAUACUGUCAGUAAGCAGCGAAAUACCGGAGGCCCCGCCGCACCCCAAGCUCAGGCACAGACCGCGUGAGAGGUUAUCGUGAAGGGUGAGUAUGCCGGGCGGUCUGACGCGAUACGGUUUGAUGCGAUGAUGCGUAUACCACGUGCUGCGAGCACUAAAUGAAGCAGUCAUAUAACAAAGGUAGGGCAAAAGCUUCAAGGGUUCUGGUGUUUGGUGACAAUACUGCUUCAAUCUACAAAUAGAAUUACUUCCAACCCGUUGGUGUGUCUUCGGUGACUCCCCUAAUUUCGUCCUUUGUUCCCUUCCUUGACGUGUCUAUCUUCGAUUAUCGUACUUUGAGCGAUUCGGAAGUGUUCAAAAAGACUGUCUGUCUUCGUGACCUCUCAUUCGUUUUCUCAUACCUUCUUUCCUUCGCAUGUCACUCUUCCAUUACCGCAUUCUGCGGAUCCGAAGCAAUCUGGAAAGCGGUCUGUCUUCAUGAGAUCCCGACCCUG